AGUGAAGCUUUGGAAAGGAUCAGAUACCUAUUGUUCAUGGCUCAAAUCACUCCACUAAAGGACUCUUGAGAUUAAAAUUUAAUCAAUUUUAAACAAACUCAAGAGCAACUGAAAGUCAAGAAAAUCUGCUGGUCAAGUGAGUUACAAAGGACUUCAGGCAAGCUCCAAAGAACAGACAUGGGGAUACUUUAUUCAGAGCCCAUUUGCCAGGCAGCUUAUGAUAAUGACUUCAAUCAAGUUCAACUGCUGCUGGAAGAGGAUAGCAAUUUUUUAAACAUUCAAGACAGCUGUGGUGGAGACACACCCCUAAUCUGUGCCUGCAGACAGGGACACAACAGAAUAGUCAGUUACCUUUUGAAAUGGAACGCUGAUGUGAACGUCAGAAACAAGAAAGACCGCACAUGUUUGCAUUAUGCUGUGAGAAAACGGUUUAGUUUCCUUGACUACCUGCUCAUUAUCAUCCUAAUGCCCAUUCUGCUUAUUGGCUAUCUUAUCAUGGUAUCAAAAACUAAGCAGAACGAAAACCUAAUCAAGAUGUUACUUCGAGCUGGCACAGAUGUUAAUGCUACAGACUAUGCUGGUAGCACAGCCCUUCACUAUGCCUGUGAAAUGAAAAAUCAGUCAGUUGUUCCUCUACUACUUGAAGCCCAUGCAGACCCUUCAAUAAAGAAUAAGAAUGGGGAAUCUCCACUGGAUAUAGCGAGAAGAUUAAAGUUCACCAACAUUGAAUAUGUGUGUUAAAGAAGGCAUCCUAGUCCUUAAUGGGAUGAUGUUAAGGGUGUUAGGCAUGAAAAAAAAAAUCUACUUAUCUGGGCACUCCCUGUUGUACAAGGAUGCCAUGGAGACAUUGUUUUUGUUUAAGAUCUGAUGUUUUCUGCAGUCAUGUACUGUACUGGGGUGAAAACAUUAUCUAAGUUGUAUCUACUGGUAUGCAGUCAGUACAUACAACAUAUAAAAUAUAUAGCCAUGUGGUGUGCC